AUGACCCUGACACGCAUCGCCACCUCUUGCGGCUCGGUGAUUGAUUUACUGCAGAAGCUCAUCGACCGAAAUGCAAAGGCACGAUUGGUUAUAUGUUGUACAAAGGCAGAGUUUCUGCUCCAGGCGUCUUGGGCUAUCCGAUCGCAAUGCAAGGUGUCACAAGUCACGGCCGCUGAUGACCUGCUCACCAAGACCAUUGGCCUCCUUGCAAAUUCGAGCAAGAUCCGAUUAGUAUUUUGUCCGUCUCUGGAGAGUCUCCGAGCUUACCUGUCAGCCCAUCAGGUCAACAGCACUACAAGUCACGAAUUGCAAUCUGAGAAACAGCGGAGUGAUCGGCUCCUUGUCAUCCUGGACAUGGUCGCCUUGCAUUCUACUACCACAGAGUUCUCGGCUCAAGGCUUGUCUAGGAGCUUCGCUACUGCAGCGGAAUUUGCGGCAGGUGCAUCCACCGACUUGAUGAUUGUGGAGUGCAACGAUUCUGUGGACUCUUCCAACUUGAACAGAGGAGCCGCUAUAUGGAACAUCCAAGUGCCACUACUGAAUGGCUCUGUACGAAUCCGCGGAGAGCAAGACAAAUGGGGCGGGCGAGGCGUAGCUGUCAAAGAUGUCGCCCAGCGAUGGUUUGAACUUGGACCUGAGCUUCGACUUUGA